AAGUUCAGGACACCCAGGCUGUAGUCCAGCUGGUGAUGAGAUGGGGAGUGGCCAGUCCAUGUGCUUUCCACCCAUCUCGGGACCCCACCAUGUCGGCUGCACAGAUGUGAUGGAGGGUCAGAGUCUUGAGGGGAGCCUCUUCCGACUCUUCUACCCCUGCCAAGCAUCAGAGACGUGUGAGCAGCCCCUGUGGAUUCCCCGCUAUGAGUACUGCUUGGGCCUGGCUGACUACCUGCAGUAUAACAAGCGCUGGGUGGGGUCGCUCUUCAACCUGGGGAUGGGAUCUUGUCGCUUGCCUGUUAGCUGGAAUGGCCCCUUUAAGACAAAGGAAUCUGGAUACCCCUUGAUCAUCUUGUCCCAUGGCCUGGGAGGCUUCAGGGCGGUGUACUCAGCCUUCAGCAUGGAGCUGGCCUCACGUGGCUUUGUGGUGGCUGUGGUGGAGCACAGGGACCAGUCAGCUUCGACCACCUACUUCUGCAAGCAGACCCCACAAGAGAGCCAGCCCACUGAAUCCCUGGAGGAGGAAUGGAUCCCUUUCCGUCGAAUCAAAGAAGGGGAGAAGGAAUUCCACGUUAGGAAUCCCCAGGUGCAUCAGCGAGUGAGAGAGUGUGUGCGGGUGCUGCGGAUCCUGCAGGAUGCCUCGGCUGGGAAGACUGUCCUCAAUGUCUUCCCCGGUGGAUUGGACCUGAUGACCUUGAAGGACAGCAUCGACAGGAGCCGGGUGGCUGUGAUGGGACACUCAUUUGGAGGAGCUACAGCUGUUCUUGCUCUGGCCCAGGAAGUCCAGUUUCGGUGUGCUGUGGCCCUGGAUGCUUGGAUGUUCCCUCUGGAACAUGACUUUUACCCCAAGGCCCGGGGUCCUGUGUUCUUCAUCAAUGCUGAGAAAUUCCAGACGGUGGAAAGCAUCAACCUGAUGAAGAAGAUAUGUGCCCAGCAUGAACAGUCCAGGAUUGUGACUGUCCUCGGAGCUGUUCAUCGGAGUCAAACUGACUUUGCUUUCGUGACUGGCAACCUGAUUGCUAAAUUCUUUUCCAAUCACUCCCGUGGGAGCUUGGACCCUUAUGAAGGUCAGGAGAUUAUGGUGCGGGCCAUAUUGGCGUUCCUGCAGAAGCACCUUGACCUGAAGGAGGACUACGAUCAAUGGAGCAGCUUCGUCGAGGGCAUCGGGCCGGCGCUCAUCCGAGGGGCCCCACACCAUCUGUCCAGUCUGUAGGCACAACCGGCCAUGUGUAGGUCGCUUGAGCUGCGUGUCCACAUGGGAGCUGCCCAGGGAUACUUGUAACCUAGUGGCGGGAUCCUUUUUCUCAGAUUGAGGGUAUAUAAUCAGAGUGCUGAUUGGGCAUCUGGGCCCUUUGCUCUUGGAAUCGUUGAUCUUAAACACACCUCAGAGCAGAAUGCGGAUCACUGGCUGAUUGGGAAGCUGAAUUGGUUUUAGUCUUUUUUUUUUUUUUU